UAAAAUUAGUAGUAUUUUUUUAAAAUUUAUUACAAUACAUUUGUAAGAUUUGUAUAGAACCUCAAAAAAGAGGUUUAAAAAUAGAUUUAUAAAAAGAUUUUAACAUAGUAAAUAAUGAAAUCUCAAUAAUGAAAAAGAUUUUACAUUUUCAAUCACAUUUGUCAAAAUUGGUGCAACAUUUGUACAACUAUCAUACUUGUAUCAAGUUAAGUUAAUAUUAUUCUAUAACAAUAUUUGUUAUGUUAUUAAAGUUUUCUGAAUUCAUAUUCUGAAUUUGGGACAAUCUACUUAAGAUAACUUUUGCCACGUUAACUUUAAUUCCAUUAUUGUCAUAAUCAUUGUAAUAAAUUAAUUCGCACAGAUCUGCACAUUCUGUGUCAUUACUUAUUAAUUCCCUUAAUUUUUCAUAAAAUUUCUUUAUGAUUUCUUUGCCAUAUUUUUUGUAAACAUACGUUUCAUUGUGAGCAUGUUUUUGAACUUCAUGGAAAGUUAAUAGAGGUGUUGCUCCUUCCACCACUAUGUACAAAGGUGUGGUCUUUAGUCUUUGACCAUUUGGAUAAAUUUUAUAUAUGGUAUUAUGAUACAUUCUUCUUUUAAUACCAGCUCGAUUGCGCUCUUCUUUCUCUAAAUUCAUUGCACCUUCCAUCCAUUGAUACGAAGCUUCUUUCAAAUCUGGUGGAAUAUAUGAUGAAGAAGGAAUCAAAAUGAAUAACUUAUGAACACUUAUUUUUAUAUUAUGAUUGUCCUCAAUAUUUUCUAUCUUUUCGAUAAGUCCUUUGUUCAGAGAGCCUGUUGAAGGAAGUACUAUCCUUAAAUAUCCGUAAUAAUAACUGUAGGCCAUUGCACAUCCAUAGUCUAAACCUUGCAUCGAAUUAAUAUUCAAUGUGUUUUCUUGUUUUAUUCUAUCCAAGUGUGCAACCUGUGAAAGAGGGGAACGAGACGAACAGAGACGAAGGGGGCGAAAGAGGAUGAGAAAGAUAGUUCGCGUAUCGGCGGGUCAGAGCGCUGUUAACGUAAGUGAAACAAGUCGAUUGCCCCGCGGUACAAUCGAAACCAUGCACGAUCGAUAAAGCCUAUAAUCCGUGAAGCGUUCUCUGCGAGAAAAAAAAAAAGAAUUACUCGGACGACGCGCUGCCCCAUGCGUAUUUGUUUCCCCGUGCGAGGACGCGAGCGGAAACGUGUAAGUCGGCCGCGAGUGCAUCGGCGGGACGAAAUAUCCUGGCAGGUGAUCUCUGCAUGCUGAUUAGCGCCAUAUCCUACAAUGGACCAAUCAGCUGCUUGGUAAACCGCCGUGAAACCUCGAAUCUGUCCGCAGACGAAUGACAACAAAAGAGACUGAUAGAAGUCGCGCGCGCGAGACAGUGGAUUUUUUUCGCGACUCCACCGUGAAGAUUUGCGGUUUUUUCCAUUUUGUUGCCCGCCGCGAGUAACGUCGGUCCGCCCGUGUCGGUGAAAGUGUUCGGAGGAAUAUGAAGAGAAGAAAUGUCGAGUGCGGCAAGCUUCGGAGGCCCUUGAAACGCAACAAGCUCACCGAGGGAAUCUACGGAAGUACUUUACUUUAUCUGAAAUUUCUUCUGCUAUGGGCCAUGGUAAUUUUGGCAGACUUCAUUUUAGAAUUCCGAUUUGAAUUUUUGUGGCCAUUCUGGCUACUUCUUAGAAGUGUUUACGAUUCUUUUAAAUACCAAGGCUUGGCCUUCUCUGUAUUUUUUAUUUGUAUCGCUCUUACAUCAGAUAUGAUUUGUUUCUUUUUCAUACCAGUACAUUGGUUGUUUUUUGCUGCCAGCACUUAUGUUUGGGUACAAUAUGUUUGGCACACAGAUAAAGGUGUGUGCUUACCAACUGUGAUGUUAUGGUUACUAUUUCUAUACAUAGAAGCAGCGGUUCGAUUAAGAGAUUUGAGACACAUGCCCUUUCAUUUAGAUCUCUGUCGACCAUUUGCAGCGCAUUGAGAAAGCAAAAAGAUGUAGCAAAAGAGAAUGAAUUCUACCUACAACUAUUGCAGCAAGCACUGCCUCUAGAGCAACAAACCUCUACUACGAUACAACCAAUACAAAUUCAAUCACAAACGCAUAUUACAACAUUAGAACAACAUGUUAAAUCACAAAAUAAUAAAAUAAAUUCGCAGUGCAAUCCAAGUCCUGAGAAAAGUAGAGGAAACAGUAAUAAUUCUGUAGAAACAAGUGUACAAAAUGGUAGUGUACAUAUAAGUACACAAAUUACAUCAACAAACCAAAAUGUAACGACAAAAAAUAAUCAUAGAAAGUCCUUGGAUAAAGGCGAAAAGCAAGAAGAGCAACACAAUAAACAUAAUGUAACUAAUGUAUCACAAUCUGACAAAAAUGAUAAAAGAUUUAUACAUACAAAUGGCAAUACUGUUAAUCACAGUGAUAUGCAGUUCAUCGAAAGAGUUGGAUCUGUGAAUGAUUUUGAUGCAAAUGAAGUAGAAAAAGACAAAUUUAUUAAGGGUGCAAAUUGUGGGCAUACUGCAGUAAAAUCACAGACUAAUGGUUCUGUAACAGGAAAGUGGAACAAUAUAAAAGAAAAUCGAGAAUCGUCGUCCACAGUCAAUACUCAACGUGAACGAAAAGCACGUCAAGUGAAAGCCGCAGUUGAUAAUAUAACUGAACAGCAAAAGCAGCAAGAUGAAUAUUGUCAAAGGUUACUGAUGUGUCGCAGGCUCGAAGCUGACAUAAAACGCCUGAAAUCAGAUCUACAAUCCAGUCGACAACUGGAACAAGAACUUCGCUCCCAGAUUAAUUCUCUACAAAAUGGAGAACGUCAAGCUAAGGGCGAUAUACAACAACUUCAGCACGAUAAUGAUCAAUUACAAAGCAAGUUACACGGAUUAGUAACAGCUCGUCAAUUAGACAAACAAACAAUGUCCUCGUUGGAAAAACGAAUCGCAGAGGAGCGGAAACAGCGCACUGCUUGCGAAGCAUCUUUGGUUUCCGAAAGGCGAGCACGACGAGCUGCUGAAGAAGCACGAUCUGCAAUUCCGCCUCCACCUCCGCCACUUAUUAGACAAGAAUGUACAGAUACUUGUAAAAGUCGUAGGACACAGAUGGAACAAGAUCUCAAAAAUUUGCGCCGAGAAUUUAAAACGAAAGAAGAUAGGUGCAACACAUUAGAAAAAGAUAUAACGCGUUGCAAGGAAAAUCACAAAGAGUCUGAAAUUUUACUCAGUGCAUUGAACGCGCUACAAGAUAAAACAGCGCAUUUAGAAGACAGUCUGAGUGCAGAAACGCGUAUAAAGCUCGAUUUAUUUUCUGCACUUGGUGAAGCCAAACGACAAUUAGAGAUCAGAGAAAGUUUAAUUAGAUCUCAAGAAAAGGAAAUUGAAAUGUUGAAAGCAAAAAUAGCCCAAGAUUUAGCUGUGAUGCCACAAGACACGUUUGGACCUGCGCCAACCUGUGCGACAUCUAAACUUCGGUUAAAUAAUGAAGUACGAGUUGCAGGUACAAAAAUACGUUCAAAUGAAAGUCCCUGUCCAGGGUGUACAGUGUCAAAUUUGGAUCCAAAUGCGACAGCAUAUACACCCAAAAAUUCCCUAAUAGCGUCUACCGAAGCUUGA